UUUUGUGCGAAAAAGGUUUUUUGCUACAAGUUUUCAUUUUUCGGGCGAAAAAUUUAGCAAAUUUUUUGAUACAUUUUGUACUAUAUUUAAGUUGAAAUAUCAGUUAUAAGCGCAAAUGUAUUAAAUGUGAAGUGUUAAAUAUCUUAAUAGAAAUAAUUGGUGUGCUAAAAAUUGUGAGAGAAUUUUUUUUUAGGAAAAAAUUUAUUCCGUUUUGAUAGAGCGAGUUCAUCCAAUCAACUAACGUAUUGCAAUCAUGAGUGAAAACAAUGCGAAGGCAACACCCGAGAAAAAAGAUCCUGAAAUGAAAGGUUGGUUGCUUAAAUGGACUAAUUAUAUUAAAGGUUACCAAAGACGCUGGUUCGUCCUCUCAAAUGGUGUGUUAAGUUAUUAUCGCAAUCAGGCCGAAAUAAAUCAUACUUGUCGUGGCACAAUUUCAUUGCAUGGUGCACUUAUACACACGGUCGAUUCGUGUACAUUCGCCAUAUCGAACGGUGGCACACAAACUUUUCACAUAAAAGCUGGUAACGAGGUUGAGCGCCAAUCUUGGGUUACAGCGCUUGAAUUGGCCAAAGCGAAAGCUAUACGUGCGAUGGAGAGCGAGGAGGAGGAAGAAGAAGAGACCGCGCAAGUGGUGCCAAGUGAGGAACUAAAUACAGUGGUGCGUGAUCUAACGGAACGCUUAGAAAAUUUACGUACUUGUUAUGAUCUUAUUACUAAACAUGGUGUUGCAUUGCAGCGCGCCCUCAGUGAAUUGGAAACCAACGAUCAGGAACAACUAUCUAGCCGUACGAAAAUCGUUAACGAGCGUGCAACAUUAUUUCGCAUAACAUCGAAUGCAAUGAUAAAUGCUUGUAACGAUUAUCUAUCAACAGCGGAAACGCAAGGACAUAAAUGGUCGAAAAUGCUGCUGCACGAACGUGAGCAACGACAACGUCUGGAAGAUAUGGUAGAACAGCUAGCAAAACAACACACGCAGCUAGAGCAUGCUGCACAAUUAAACGUCCAACAAAACAAAAUCAUGCCUAGACAUGGUAAUUCAAUUAUGACAGUAACGUCAGAUGAUGAGAACGAGUUUUUCGAUGCCGAGGAAAAUAUGUGCUUUGGUGAUGAAUUAUUGCAAGAGACUGUUGAGGAAGAACCAUCUACGAGCAACAGAGAUACUGUUGAUCGAAGCUCAGUUAACAUACCAGAACCGAUAACACUAACACCGACAAAUAGUAUAGUUUUAAGAAAACGUAGAACACGCAUACCAGACAAACCAAAUUAUCCAUUAAAUUUGUGGUCUUUUAUGAAGAAUUGUAUUGGCAAGGAGUUGUCAAAAAUACCUAUGCCAGUUAAUUUUAAUGAGCCUCUUUCAAUGCUACAACGACUCGGCGAAGAUUAUGAAUACGCAUACUUAUUAGAUAAGGCGGCACAAACAAACGACAAGUGCGAGCAAUUGAGUUAUAUUGCCGCAUUUGCAAUUACCAGUUAUUCAACAACACGUACAAGUAAGCCCUUCAAUCCGCUUCUAGGAGAAACAUACGAAUGCGAUCGCACAGAUGAUCUCGGCUGGCGCAUGAUAGCAGAACAAGUAUCUCAUCAUCCACCAAUGGCAGCUGUGCAUUGUGAAGGCCGUGGAUGGAAAUGCUGGCAGGAAUUUACUAUGACAAGUAAAUUUCGCGGAAAAUAUUUACAGGUUAUUCCUUUGGGUAACGCAUAUGUGGAAUUCACUGCCUCAGGUAAUAAAUAUACUUGGCACAAAGUCACUACAACUGUAAAUAAUAUAAUUGUUGGGAAACUUUGGGUUGAUCACCACGGAGAAAUGGAGAUGAAAGGUCUAAAAUCAGCAGCCGGCAUCAACGCUCGGAUUAAAUACAUACCAUAUUCAUAUUUUUCACGAGAACAACAACGUAGAGUGAAGGGCGAAGUUUUUGAUGAAAAUAAAUCAGUCAAAUGGUUAUUGCGAGGCACGUGGGAUACAAAAAUUGAAAUAGCUAAAGUAGUUUCAGCAAAUGGUACUACCGAAAAUCCACUAUAUAAAACAAGCCCUUUUACAACUGUGUGGAAUAGACGUUUACCAGAACCUGAUAGUGAUAAAUAUUAUGGUUUCACUGUGUUAGCAUGCCAGCUGAAUGAGCAUGAAGAAAAUGUAGCACCAACAGAUUCGCGUUUGCGUCCAGAUCAGCGUUUAAUGGAAGAAGGCAAAUGGGAUGAGAGUAAUGUGCAAAAAAUACGUUUAGAAGAAAAACAGCGUGCUAAGCGACGGGAACGUGAGUCUGAAGCAGAAUCAGCUGCCUCCGCUGGACGUCCAUAUCCACCAUAUGAAUCUAUCUGGUUUACACGCCAGAAAGAGGAAGGUGUAGAAAGUGUAGUACAUAUUUAUAAUGGCAGAUAUUGGGAGCAUAAGCGUGACCAAGACUGGUCAAUAUGUCCCGAUCUAUACUAAACUUCAAAAGAAACCACUUUCCAUUUGAAAUAAUAAACUAAUAUCGUUCAAAAUCGUUAGAAUGACAGAAAAAAUAAUUACAAUUAAUAA